AUGGCCGACGAAACCCCCAAGCAGAGACCCCAGCCCACGGCUUCCGAGGCAAUGUUCUUCUUCGCCAUCGUCAAGCACACCAAGAACAGGGCGGACAUUGACUGGCACGCCGUUGCCGAAGAGCAGGGCUUCAAGAAUGCCGAAGUCGCAAAGGUUCGCUUUGGACAAGUCAGGCGCAAGCUCGGCAUCGAAUCAAACACCACCCCCAAGAAGGGAGGAGGCAACACCUCCUCUGCCGCCUCGACUCCGAGCAAGGUCCGCAAGACGCCGACGGGCCGCACCGGAACCAAGGGCAAGGGCCGCAGUGGUGGUAAAGCCAAGAAGGAGGUCAAGCCCGAGCCUGACGUCGAUGAUGAUGACGAUGGCACCGUUGACGGGGAGGAAUCGUCGCCCAUCAAGGACGAAGAUGUCAUCCGCUUCAAGACGGAGCAUGAGGAUCCUUUCAGCCUUUGA